UUCUCAGCAGCGGAACGUGUGCAGCGGUAAUGGCUGCCAGGGAGAGAGAAGAGCACAACAAAUGAACCUGAGACCAGAGGCAAAGUGAGGACUAGGAUGGUCAACAGCCAGCCGAAGUACGAGCUGAUCCAGGAGGUGGGGCGCGGCAGCUACGGCGUGGUUUAUGAGGCGGUGGCGAAGCGCUCGGGGGUCCGGGUGGCGGUGAAGAAGAUCCGCUGCCACUCUCCAGAGAACGUGGAGCUGGCCCUGCGUGAGUUCUGGGCGCUGAGCAGCAUCCAGAGCCAGCACCCCAACGUCAUCCACCUGGAAGAGUGCAUCCUGCAGAGGGACCAGCUCGCCCAGAGGAUGAACCAUGGGAACAGCUCCCCGCUCUACCUGGAG